UCUGUUAUAAUUUUGCAAUAUUUCCAGAGAUUCUGACAAUCAAAAUCAACUACAAUAUCCUUCAUAGAACAGCUGGUUUUAUGGGAGUGGGAUGAGCUUUGAAUAUUCAUAUCCUUAGUUCUCCCUCUUCUUGUGGGUCCUGUUCUUUCCGUAUAUGACAGCCUAAUCUACAGCCUGGAAAAGGUGGAGGUAGCUGCACUAAAAAGCUAUGGUUGAUGGGUUUUCAUGGGUGGGUUCAAGCAACCACAGCUGGUUUUUUUUUUUUUUCCCGCUUCGGUAUAGACCCAUUUCAUUGUUCGUCAGACUCUGUGCAUUCUGCGCUCUGAAAGAGGUUAUCUUGGUUAUACAUUCAGUUAGAUAGAUCUGUGCUUGGUGAAGUUGAGGGGCUGUGGCGAUAAGGAACCGGGGAACCGAGUUUGUAGCAUUUGGGACCGAAAGCGUUUGCUGCGGUCUAUUUGGGGUCUUUCGGAAUUGGGCUCUCUCAGAUCGCAGUGGAGUGGGAGCUAGGUUGUCUAUUAGUUUUGAACUUGAUCGUGCCAUUCAUUGCUUGCUAAUUUAGCUAGGAAUCAGGCGUCCGUUUGGUUUAUGAGGUUUCUUGGAUCUGAGAUCUUAGAUAGGGCGAAGAUGAAAGCAGUGAAGUUGGUACCCCUGGUUCUGGCUAUGAUUCUCUUUAUGGGUCAUGGAUCAUGUGCCUCAUUCACUCCUGUCGAUAACUACUUAAUUGCUUGUGGUUCCUCAAAAAAUGUAACAUUCCAAGAUCGAACUUUUGUUUCUGAUUCAGAGCAUUCUUCACUUGUCCUAAGAAGUGGCAAUUCCAGUGUUGCCAGUUCCAAUUCAACUAUUCCGCCUCCAAUCUACCAAUCUUCCCGAGUUUUCUCAGGCAUGGCUUCUUAUAAAUUUGAAAUUGAGCAGAAAGGUCGGCAUUGGGUCCGCCUCUAUUUUUACCCUCUUCCAAAGUCAGGCGAGAACUUGACCUCUGCCUCCAUGUCUGUAGUCACUGAUAAUUUUGUGCUCUUGAACAACUUCACGUUCAAUAAGUACAAUGGCUCUUAUAUGUUUAAGGAGUACGCAAUCAAUGUGACUUCAGAUACCUUGACUCUCACUUUCGUUCCUUCUAACAAUUCGGUUGCGUUUAUCAAUGCAAUUGAAGUUGUCUCUAUCCCAGAUGAGGUGCUCCCAGACCAGGCGUUGGCUCUAAAUCCCUCUACUCCUUUUAAUGGCCUCUCUGAACUUGCCCUGGAAACUGUUUUCCGGCUAAAUAUGGGGGGUCCUUUACUGACCGCUCAAAAUGAUACCCUUGGAAGGGUUUGGGAGAAUGAUGUUAGGUACCUCCAUGUGAACAGUUCUGCAGAGAGUGUGUCAGUCAGCCCUGCAAACAUAAUGUAUCCAGCUGCGGUCACCCCUGAAACAGCACCUAAUUUGGUUUAUGCCACUGCUGAAACGAUGGGAGACGCAAAUGUACCCAAUGAUAACUUCAACAUAACUUGGGUCUUCUCUGUCGACCCAAACUUCAUGUAUUUUGUUCGGGUACAUUUCUGUGAUAUUGUGAGCAAGUCUCUAAACAAUCUAGUUUUCAAUCUCUUCAUAAAUGACGAUAUUGCUCUUCGUAGUCUUGAUCUAUCAUCUCUUACUGGUAAGUUGGGUGUGCCUUAUUAUAAAGACUUUGUUUCCAACUCAGCAAAUUCACAUACUUUGACUGUGAGUGUUGGUCCGGACACUGUGGCAGACACCACUGAUGCCAUCAUGAAUGGGCUAGAGAUCAUGAGGAUCAGCAAUGAAGUUGGGAGCUUGAAUGGGCUUUUAUCUGUUGAGAGUCUCCUUCCUAGUUCACCCUCAAAGAAGAGCAAUAUAGGAAUAAUAGUUGGUUCUAUCGUAGGAGCUGCAGCUGCAGUUGUACUUGGACUAAUUGGUUUGUGUUAUUGCUGCUUGGUAGCCCGCAAGUCAAAGACUACUCAGCAAGAGCACCCAUGGCUGCCUUUGCCCUUGUAUGGAAACUCUCAGACCAUGACAAAAAUGUCAACAACUUCCCAAAAGAGUGGAACAGCUAGCUGCAUUUCACUGGCUUCCUCCAGUCUUGGCCGGUUCUUCAUGUUCCAAGAAAUUUUGGAUGCAACGAACAAGUUUGAUGAAAAUCUACUUCUUGGUGUAGGUGGUUUUGGCAGGGUUUACAAGGGAACUCUAGAGGAUGGCACAAAAGUGGCUGUUAAAAGAGGGAACCCCAGAUCUGAACAGGGUAUUGCUGAAUUUCGAACUGAGAUCGAAAUGUUAUCCAAGCUCCGCCAUCGUCACCUCGUGUCUCUCAUUGGCUAUUGUGAUGAAAGGUCAGAAAUGAUUCUUGUGUAUGAAUACAUGGCUAAUGGACCCCUCAGGAGCCAUUUGUAUGGAACAGAGCUACCACCUUUAUCAUGGAAGCAACGACUUGAAAUUUGCAUUGGUGCUGCAAGGGGGCUCCAUUAUCUACACACCGGUGCAGCUCAAAGCAUAAUUCACCGAGACGUGAAGACUACCAACAUUCUCUUGGAUGAGACUUUUGUAGCCAAAGUUGCUGAUUUUGGCCUUUCAAAGACCGGUCCGGCUCUGGAUCAGACCCAUGUCAGUACAGCUGUUAAAGGUAGUUUUGGUUACCUUGACCCUGAAUACUUUAGAAGGCAACAGCUUACCGAGAAAUCAGAUGUGUAUUCGUUUGGAGUAGUCCUGAUGGAAGUCCUCUGCACUCGACCGGCUUUAAACCCUGUUCUCCCCAGGGAGCAAGUCAAUAUAGCAGAAUGGGCGAUGAGCUGGCAAAAGAAGGGCAUGUUGGAUCAAAUCAUGGACCCGAAUCUGGUGGGGAAGGUGAAUCCGGCUUCUCUUAAGAAGUUUGGUGAGACAGCUGAGAAGUGCCUGGCUGAGUAUGGGGUUGACAGGCCAUCAAUGGGAGAUGUCUUGUGGAAUCUCGAAUACGCACUUCAGCUUGAGGAGACUUCAUCUGCUCUAAUGGAACCAGAAGAUAACAGCACAAACCACAUUCCUGGAAUCCCAUUAACCCCGCUCGAACCAUUUGAUAACAGCAUAAGUAUGGUUGAUGGAGGGAACUCUGGCACAGAAAAUGACGAAACAGAAGAUGCUGCCACAAGUGCUGUAUUCUCUCAGUUAGUAAAUCCUCGUGGAAGAUGAGAAGAUAUGGCUUUCAUAUUGUUCUGAUCCUUGCCAAGGGAUGUCCUGCGAAAGAAAUUGGCCAUUGGUCAUCUCGGCGAGGAGAGUAACACCAAAGACCACAAGGAAUGAUUGAAGUUGAAGGGUACUUCUAAUUUUCAUGAUUCUGUACUUUUUACCUUAAUUUUUCGUCCAUUUACCUAGUUUGUAAUAUAGUUGAGUGGUGGGUGCCAAUUGAUCCAUCAGAAAUUGCACGGUAAGUACCAUAAAAAAUUGGAUUGUUGUCUUGGUUUGUCUUC